AUGCCCAGUUCGAAGCCAGCCUCUGAGACCGCGACGGAGAGCGUCAAGUCCGCCAGUCUACGACAAGGGCUGUCGCUCCUGCGACAUGACAAAAAUCAAUCCAAUACACACAAUGCCAUAUUGGCAUGGGGCGUCGAGACUGUGGGGCUCUUGAUUGCCAUCCUUGCUUUUAUUGCCAUUAUCAUCACGCUGGCAGUUCAUCAAGGCCGACCCCUCCCAGGAUGGCCGCAUCUGAUAUCUAUCAACGCCCUGAUUGCAGUCUUUACGGCAAUACUCAAAGCGGCCUUGGUACUCCCAGUAGCAUCGGGCAUUUCAAAGCUCAAGUGGCUGUGGUUCACCAAACCUCGAGAAGCUGGCGAUCUGGAGCAUUUUGACUCGGCGAGCAAAGGGCCCUGGGGCUCGUUCCUGCUACUCCUAGAUCUCCGAGGCCGGCAUUUAGCAGCGCUGGGUGCUCUCAUCACUGUUCUAGCAACUGCAAUCGAUCCUUUCUCACAACAAAUUCUCAAGUACCAUGACUGCUUGCGUCCAGUCGGAGGGGCAAGGGGUACGCCGGCGACAAUACCCAUCACUAACUACUAUGGUGCUGGCUCUUACUUCACCAACGGCGACUCCAAAGCUACCGACGGAAACAUGACGGCCGGAAUCUACUUGGGACUCAUCAAUCCUCCUGCAAAUCUAUCCUCGACCAUCGUACCCAAUUGUGCCACCGGCAACUGCACCUUCUCCACCAAUACAACCGACACGUAUACCACGGUUGCCAUGUGCAGUUCAUGCACCGAUAUCUCGAAAGCGAUUCAGAACAGCUCUACGAGCCAGCUGUCGAACUACACAACGUCUUCUGGAUGUCAAAUUGGUCCAGGUGGCAUCUUUGCCAAUUCGAUGUACGUGGCCGACGAAAGUGACGAUGCAGAGCCUUCUUUCGUCACCAUUGACACCCUCGUGGCCCAGAACAACCCCGAAGGUAACAGUUGGAGACCCUUCGCUGCACGAUGCAACCUGGUUCCAUGUGUGAAUACCUACACUGGCAAUGUCAGUAACGGCGUCCUGCGCGAGACCUUGGUUUCCUCGAAGAUUAUGCCCUAUAUCGGUGUCGACUUCGUCUAUUGGUACAGCCUGGUUCUUCCUUCCAUCAGCCGCAAUGGCAAGGAUAUAACCUGCUCAGCAACCGCCGAACCACGUCACGACACAGAUCUUUGCACGGAUAUGGGAUACACGCCAUAUAACUUCAGCGCCCCAAAUCGACACUGUUGGCCAAACGAUUGCGUCUGGACUCUGGGUGUGAACCCCACAGGUGGGAUACAGGCUCUCAUGCUGCAACUCCUCAAUGGUACACAGGUCGUAGACGUGGAUGGCGUUCCCGAGGGCGUUCCUUGGGCGGUCAACCUCUGGAAUCAGGGAGUCACGAACCUUACGCACUUUGAAACUGCUUUCGCCGGGCUUGCGGACCAAAUUACAUCUGUGAUGCGGCAGAAGGGCGACAAUUCGACCACUCCACUCGCGGUGGGGACUACGCUGGGAUUGCAGACGUGCAUCGGCGUCCGGUGGUCGUGGCUGUCCUUUCCAGCGUCGUUGAUCGCAUUGACGAUUGUGUUCUUCGCCAUCACCAUCCUACGUAUCUCAAGUAGUGAGAUCCGUAAAAUGUGGAAGUCGAGUUCCUUGGUGUUGUUAUUUCACGGUCUGAGUAUCUACAGUCUCCACCGCGUAGAGGAUGGACAGUCGGAGGAGCAGAGGAACGAAAAUACGGAAGAUGAUGCGAAGAAAGUCACCACGAAGUUGCAGUCGUCGGGCAGCGAGUUUGAGUUUGUCGAGGUUCCCGCUCUCAAGACCUAG